AUGUUCUCCUUACUCUUGGGUGUCCUGUACGCCUCAGCGCCUACAGUCUGGGGAGAAGUUUCUCAGAGUGCCACGCUAGGAAACAAGUUCACUUCCGAUGGUACUGAAACACCUUAUUCGAUGAAUGUCACAUAUUGUCCAGGAUACACCCUGGGGUCUCUUCAAGAAUCUGACAUUGGUCUCACUGCUCGACUCACACUCACUGGACCAGCAUGUAAUGCUUUUGGACUGGAUAUCUCAGACCUCACCAUCGAAGUCACUUACCAGUCACAGUCCACUUUGCACGUUAAGAUUUAUGACACUGCUAACCAACAGUUCACAAUCCCCGAGUCGGUGAUUGAGCGACCUGCCGCGCCAACGACAUCCUACACUGGCAGCUCCGACCUUGUAUUCAACUACGAUGCAGAAACUUUCGCAUUUUGGAUCACGAGACGCUCUGACCCGGACGCAAUGCCAUUGUUUGACACGAGAAUUUUAUCGCUGCCAUCGACUCCCAUUCCGCCUUUCAAUGCAUCUGACCCAAGCACCGCAUUCGAUGGGUUUCCUCUUGUAUUCGAAGAUCAAUAUCUUCAGGUUGCUUCCGCUCUGCCGUAUGGCACCAACAUCUACGGUUUGGGCGAAGUUGUUGCCAGUAGUGGAUUUAGACGCGACAUUGGAACAGAUGGAGGCGUAGGCACUAUUCAAACACAUUGGAAUCUCGGAGUUCCAGAUCCCAUCGAUCAGAACUUGUAUGGCUGCCACCCGAUCUAUGUCGAACACAGGUACAAUGCGACUACCGGAAAGGCGUCUGCCUCUGGGGUUCUUUUGCUUAGUGCUGCGGGUUCAGAUAUUUUCCUGCAGACACCCACAAACUCCAAGGUGUCAUUAAUCGAGUACCGUAUAAUUGGCGGCAUCCUGGACUUUUACUUCUUCUCUGGUCCCUCGGAUGCAGAAGUCAUUGCCCAGUACGGUUCAGUCAUCGGGUAUCCUAUGUGGCAGCCGGCGUGGGGCUUCGGGUUCCACCUUUGCAGAUGGGGGUACCACAAUCUCAGUGAUGACAGAGAAAACGUCGCGCAGAUGCGCGCCGCGGGUAUCCCCCUGGAAGUUCAAUGGAAUGAUAUUGACUUGUACCAUGCUUACCGUGACUUCACUACUGACCCAGUGAGUUUCCCUGGGGACGAAGUUCGUGGGUUCAUCCAAGAGUUGGUCGCGAACCAUCAGCAUUAUAUCCCUAUCGUUGACGCAGCUAUCGCUGUCACAAGGAAUUCAACUGACGUCUAUGAUCCUUUCACGCGGGGCGUUGAAGAGGAUGUGUGGAUCAAGAAUCCAGACGGGUCGCUAUACAUCGCCGAAGUCUGGCCUGGGUAUACUGUUUUUCCGGACUGGUUCAGCGAAAACAUGUUCUCUGUAUGGACUGACAGUCUCAAAAAUUGGACAGACAUGGGUGUGGAAUUCUCUGGUAUUUGGCUCGACAUGAAUGAACCAAGAGCAUUCUGCAGCUACUCUUGUGGGACCGGCGCGAACUUCUCUUCCGUUGGUCCCCUGACCGAUGUCAGCUCGGUGGUUACCGGAUACCCCGAAUGUUACAACGAUACACUCUGGGGACCUAGUGGGAACAUGACGAUUAACGGAACCUCGACA